AUGGGAAACCAACCCUCCAAAGGCUCGGGAACGUCCACCCCAAAGGGCGGUGCAUCACAGACCUCAUUGAAUAAGGAUAUGGACAAUCUCCAGUCUUAUCCGUCGUUCAGUAAAGCAGAUACCAAGGAAUCCAUCCGGUCAUUCCGAGGGCUGAGGUCUAAGAUACCGGGCGGUGGUAAAACGGACAGUCCGCGCAACUCUACAUCAGGAUUAAGCAAUGGCGAAGCACUUGUGGAUAAAUCUGACGCUGGGUCUUUCCGUUCUGGGAAGGGUGGUCGCUCAGCGAUUUCCAAGACAAAUUCCCCAGAUUCGCCAGUUUCCGGACCGACGUCGCCCUCGCAGGAGGAUGGCGAUGAUGCGACUUCACCUCUCGAUGAACCGAAACCACCUCCAUCUCCCAUCCAGUCUGCCUCCAUGCGAGCAGGGCAUCAUGACGUGGAUGCUGCGCAACGAAGCGGUGAAGUUGACCACGUCUCUGAUCAGCCACCCUCCGGAGGAACGAACCCACAUGCACAUCUUCAACGCCCUGGCCAGUCGAUUCUAGUCAAAAGAGCGAAUACAAUAAAUCCCAUUCAACAAGAUGCACUCCUCACAGCGCCGUCAGCUGGGGACGAAGGUGGCACGCCUGGCUCACUUACAAUGGCAAUGGGAGAAUUGAAGGAUUCGGAUAUUGACGACUACAUCAAACGGCUUCUGGAUGCUGGAUAUGCUGGGAAAAGUACAAAGGGGGUUUGUCUGAGAAACGCGGAGAUCAAUUCUAUCUGUUCUCGGGUGAGGGAGAUAUUCCUUGAUCAACCACCCCUUAUUGAGCUGGAAGCGCCAGUCAAGAUCGUGGGUGAUAUUCACGGGCAAUACUCCGACCUUAUCCGAAUGUUCGAAAUGUGCGGAUUCCCACCAAGUUCGAAUUUUCUCUUCCUAGGCGAUUACGUGGAUCGAGGAAAACAUUCUUUGGAGACUAUCCUCCUUCUUAUGUGCUACAAGAUCAAGUAUCCAGAGAACUUUUUCUUGCUGAGAGGAAAUCACGAAUGUGCGAAUGUGACGAGGGUGUAUGGAUUUUAUGAUGAAUGCAAGAGGAGGUGCAACGUCAAGGUUUGGAAGACAUUUGUUGAUAGCUUCAAUUGUCUACCAAUUGCUGCGAUCGUUGCUGGAAAGAUUUUCUGCGUUCACGGAGGCUUAUCCCCAGCUCUCAGCCACAUGGACGAUAUCAGACAUAUUGCGCGACCAACAGACGUCCCGGACUUCGGGCUGUUGAACGAUUUGUUAUGGGCAGAUCCUGCAGAUCAAGAAAAGGACUGGGAAUCCAGUGAACGGGGGGUCAGUUACUCAUUCGGGAAAAAGGUCAUAACGGAGUUUCUGGCAAGACACGAUUUCGAUUUGGUUUGUCGGGCACAUAUGGUUGUUGAGGAUGGUUACGAGUUUUUCGAAGACAGAAUCCUGGUGACAGUGUUCUCUGCGCCAAACUACUGUGGGGAAUUCGACAAUUAUGGUGCAGUUAUGAGUGUUUCGACCGAGCUUCUCUGCAGCUUUGAGCUCCUGAAACCUCUCGACUCGAGUGCUUUAAAGAGCCAGAUGAAGAAGAGCCGAAACAAACGCAACAGCAUGGUCAACAGUCCUCCACCAGCUGGCGUCUUCCCUCAGAGCGUAUGA